ACUUCUGUGAGUCGAUCCCGCACCGCCCUGCGCGGGGCGCUGUCACUCUCCGCUGACCGGAAGUUGCCUCCCGGAAGUUGCCGCCGCCUUCCGCUGCCCGCCGUUGCCACAGCGACGCGACGCGCGGGCUGCCGGAGGCAUGACGUCCGCGUGGCACGCCGUGGGGCUGCCGCCGGCGGCGGAAGAGCGGGGCGGGCGGCUGCGGGCCGCCAGGCUGCGAGCGGCGGUAGAGCACGAGCGGCGGCUGGAGGAGGCCGUGCGGAAGGGGGAAGAGCGGCGGCGGCAGAGGGAGCGGCAGCGGCUGCAGGAGGAGCGGCUGGCGGCCGAGCUGGCGCGGCUGAAGCACGAGGAGCUGCACGACGAGAAGAUGAGGCAGCAGGUGCGGGAGAACAGUCAUGAACUUCGAGAAUUAGAGAAAAAACUAAAAUCUGCAUAUCUGAACAAAGAGCGAGCGGCACAGAUUGCUGAGAAAGAAGCCAUACAGUAUGAAAAAAUGAAACGUGAAGCUGAAAUAGCCCAAAAGAUGAAGGAAGAGACUGAAAGGGCAGCAAAAGAAGAAAGUUCGGCAGAACUGAGGCGGAAUGAGGAGAAAAUAAUGUAUCAGCAAGAGCUGGAGAAACAGCUUGAGGAACAGGAGCGGAGGAAACAGGGAGUUUAUGAAGAGGUUCUGAAAGAGAAACUCAUGAUUGAUGAAAUCAUAAGGAAGAUCUAUGAGGAAGAUCAAAUGGAAAAACAACUUAAGUUAGAGAAGAUGAGAGCAACUCAGGCGUAUAUCGACGAAUUUAAAAAAGAACAAGCUAUCUGGAGGCAGAGGAAACGGGAAGAGAUGGAAGAAGAAAAUAGGAAAAUUAUGGAGUUUGCCAACAAUCAGCGACAAAGAGAAGAAGAUCGGAUGGCCAAAGUUAGAGACAUGGAGGAGAAAAAACAAAGACUUCAGGCCAUGAUUGCCCAGAAUCUAGAAAGAGAACAACAGAAACGUGAUGAACUGGAACAAAUACGACAGGAGCUGUAUCUGGAAGAACAGCUAGAGGCAGACAGAAAGAAGGAGCUGGCAGAAAUCGAGAAGAGAAUAAGGCAACGCCUAGACUUGAGGCAAACGUACGAAGAGCAGUUUGCUUUAAAGAAGAUAGCGCAGCAAGCUGUGCAGGAGGAGGAAGAAGCCUUCAGACAGCAGAUGCUGGCCAAGUUUGCAGAGGAUGAUCGUGUGGAACAGAUGAAUGCUCAGAAACGGAGAAUGAAACAGCUUGAACACAGGAAGGCUGUGGAAAAACUUAUUGAAGACCGUCGCAAACAAUUUAUUGCAGAUAAAGAGCGUGAAGUUGAAGAAAGGCAGGUAGAGGAGAGAAGACAAGCAAACAUUCGUGCAGUUGUUGAAGAAGAGAGACAGAAACUCCUGAAAGAACAUGCAUCUAAAUUGCUGGGUUAUCUUCCUAGAGGAGUACUCAAAGGUGAAGAUGAUAUUAACAUGCUCGGUGAGGAAUUUAGGUUGGCUUAUCAGAAGAGAAGAGGUAAUCCAUCUUCUGAAGAGAGCUGAAAUUUCCUCUGUCUGCCCUACUGCUUUGCCACUAGGUGUCAUCUGAUGGCUGAAGAAAAUUUCCAUUUGCUGUUAACAGCAAGGAACUUUUUUAUUCUCAUAAAGUCUCCAUUUUAAGACUGGAGUUCUGAUCUGAUGAAUGGCUCAUCUUAUUUAAAUACACUUAAAUUUUUCAGCAAUAAA